AUAAGCACCCCUAUUUGUGUGUAGCCACUAAACAAACAAAUGGAUAUAUAUCAGGAUUCCCUCGCCGGCGGUAGGCCUGGCGAGAUAUUCAAAUCAUCCAGUACCAAGAGACAAGAGUUAUACUACUCUCAGCUCGUUGAUUCUCUUUACGACACGAGUGACAAUGAACCAAACACAGCCCAAUGUUAUCGCCUUCGGUCCCGAUGGGAACUGCACCCUGGCACUCUGCGAGUUGGAGCAGUCUGUGUAUCGGUAUCGGCCAUCCCUCCCAGCCAAUGUCAUCUUCAUUGCCCUCUACUCAGUGGCCAUGGCCAUCCACAUCUAUCUGGGGAUCAGAUGGAAGACUCAGGGGUUCAUGGUGUGCAUGAUAGUGGGGUGUGUUGACGAGAUCCUGGGCUAUGCUGGCCGGGUGAUGAUGUACUACAACCCCUUCAAGUUCGUUGCCUUCAUGAUCCAGAUCGUCUGCGUAACGACAGGGCCCAUCUUCUUUUGCGCUGCAAUUUACGUGACCCUCGCCCAGACGAUCGAUCACAUCUCCCCCGGCCUCGCGCGCUUCAGCCCCAAGUUCCUCUACUGGGUCUUCAUCCCCUGCGACGUCAUCUCGCUAGCCCUCCAGGGCGCCGGAGGCGCCAUGUCGACCAGGUCCUCGGGCGCGAGCAAUCUGGGUGUCAACCUCGCGCUGGCGGGCCUCUCCUUCCAGGUCUUCACGCUCGUUGUCUUCUCCGCCCUUUUCGCCGACUAUCUGGUACGCCUGUGGCGGCACCACAGCCGCGGCGAGGCCCCGAGCCUGAGCCGCCGCAUGCGGGCCUUCCUCGGGUUCCUCGGCGUCGCCGUCGUGCUGAUCCUGGCGCGCUGCAUCUUCCGCGUCGACGAGCUGAGCGAGGGGUACUCGGGCCCGCUGGUCGCCAAUGAGACCCUCUUUAUCGUCUUUGAGGGAGUGUUCGUCAUCGCGGCUACCUUUUUGCUGUGCAUUGGCCAUCCCGGGUUGGUGUUCAACAAUGUCAACAGCAAGGAGUCUUAUACGGGGUCAUCGAGUGCAUAGGGUGGCAUCAUUGGGGGAAAUUGAAUCGGUUCUAAAAUGACAAGCCAAGCCCAUUGGAACCACGGCGAAACGGAGACAACUUGAUCGGGGUGGAUUUUAUCCCAAUCAAAGGACAUAAUUUAUAUUCUAG